CAAAUAGCGAGUGUCACAAUUAGUCUCCAAAAACAGAUGUCCCUUCUCCAAAUGGACAUCAGAUCAGCCCUAGCAGUAGCUUCUGCAAAUCAGGUAGUAACCAAAGAUUACUUGAAGGUGAUCAUUGACAAUCAAAAGGAAGCAUACAAGCUGUUCAGACUUAUUGGUGCAAACUCUGGAAACCGCAAGAUGGAAGUAAUUCUCCAACAACACAGUCCAUCUCCAAUACCACAGCUCCCUAUUGCAAUCAAAGAAAGAGAAGUAUCUUAUAUUCCUUCUCAUCUGAACUUGACAAAUCUAAUCCUUGAAGCACAGCAAAGAAAUCCGGAAAACUCAGCACAACUUCUAUCCAGCUCAGGACUGGAUGGAACAGAAGUUAUAGGUACAGUUGUUGACCACUUCUCAAAUGAUGCUCAAUCAGAAGAAAGACGUGAAAAUUUAAGACGCAUCAAAGAACUGUGUGGGAACAUGAAGGGCAUCAGUGAAGUUGCCGGAUCUUCAAAGCGCAAGAGACACUGAAGGUUCUUUACAUCAAAACAGGGGGAAA